AUGGGAAAUCGCCGGGAAUAUAGAGUGACACCGCACCCAGCAACAAGGAAGUCUCCGGCGGAGAUCCUAAUGGGAAGACAACUUAGAACAACGCUAGAUAUCCGUAAAACGAAAAAUAAAGAGAGUGGUAAUAGCGCGUAUAGAGAGCGUAUGAUCGCCGACUAUAAUAAAAGGGGGAGAAAGGAGAGAAGUUUUACUGUCGGCCAGCAAGUCUAUAUUAGGAACUAUCAAAAAGGGGACAAGUGGAUCCCAGGAAUAAUCACUCAAGUACUGGGCAGUCGAAUGUAUGACGUUCACUUUGGGACAGGCAGUCGUAAAGUACAUACGGAUCAGUUAAAAGAGAGGCUCGUACCAGAUGACGAAGCUAUGUUGACGACGCGGAAAAGAAACCAAACACUUGAAGAAGAAUUGCCGCAAAGAAGAUCGGGUCGAACACGUAAACUAACCGACAAGAUGCAGGGCUAUGUAGAAGAAAUGGAAAGAUCGAUGAGGGCGAAAACACGUAUAAACAAGACAGACAUGAUAAGCCACGUUGGUGGUGGGGAGAGGAUAAAAGGCGAGGAAGCGGUGAGGUGGCCAUUUAUGUGGACGUAUACACCGCCGCCCUACCAGCCGUCGCCGACGCCGCCGCCCUACCAACCGCCACCGAUGCCUGCAGGACAACUGCACACUGGAACCAGCCCAGCACCGAUUGUUAUUCACCUUAUCACGCCGCCGACGGCCGCAAAUGUAGAGCCGCUGUUCGUGGACGUCCGCGUUAUCGAGGAACUUUCAAUGGAACCCGAGGAGGAAUGGGAGCUCGAGGAGGCCGAAGAAGACGGCAGGCGAUGCGCCAGGAGAUCCAAGAGCUGCGCAUGA